AAUGUCAAAGAUGUUCAUCUUUAUGUUGUUGUUGCUGUGUUUAAUAGUUACCAUUGAUGAAGGAGAAGGAUCUUAUUGUAUGGCUAGUACUGGAUAUAAACAUGAACCAUCACUGUAUAUAAGGACAUGCUGUAACAGCAGUAACUUAGGACAGGCUUUUUCUAUCCAAGAAACUGGCAUAACACAAUAUAUUUUCUGUCCUAAUGUAUACCCAAAGUCUUGUCCAAAAGAUAUCAGUGACUGUAAGAGCUUGUUUGAGGAUGGUAAUACUACUAGUGGUGUUUAUACUGUUAAUCCUGAUGGAGGGACUCCAUUUGAAGUAUACUGUGAUAUGGAGACUGAUGGUGGUGGAUGGACUGUAUUUCAGAGGAGACAAGAUGGAUCUGUUGAUUUCUAUAGGAACUGGACUGACUACGAGAACGGAUUUGGUGACCUAACUGGUGAGUUUUGGUUAGGAUUGAGCAAGAUUCAUCGUCUUACUAAAGAAGGAUCAAACACACUAAGAGUGGACCUGGAAGACUUUGAUAAUGACACAAGAUAUGCUAACUACUCUACAUUCAGUGUUAGUGAUGGUAGUACUGAAUAUAUACUAACAGUAGGAGGAUACUCUGGUACUGCUACGGAUAGUCUGUGGUGGCAUAAUGGAUUGCGAUUCAGUACAAGAGAUAAUGAUAAUGAUAGAUGGUUGAUAAAUGACUGUACCCGUUUCCAUGCUGGUGGUUGGUGGUAUAAUGCAUGUGUUUUAUCAAAUCUUAAUGGUCGUUAUUUCAAUACUUCUACUGACAAUAUUUUAGGAAUCACAUGGAAUGGAUGGCAAAACACUACUCUCUCGUUCACAGAGAUGAAAACUCGUCGUAACAAUUAAAUACUGUCCCCCACA